CCUCACGUGACGACUUCUUGCGAAGAGAGGUCUCGCACGCAGCUCUCGCGGUGCCUCGCCCCCCUCCUUUCCCCCCGCCCGCGUCCCCCUCUCGCCCUGGCCGCUCGCGCAGCUGCUCAGCUCUCGCUAUAUAAAGGGGCGAAGCGGGCAGAGCGGGCGGCUGGCGGCGGCGGCUGCAGCCCCAGGGCCGGCGAGAAAGGCCGGGCCAGGCCGCGGGGCAGCCCGUGAGCCGGGGACGCGCGGGAUCUGGGGGGGACGCAGCCAGGCAGGUUUAUUGUUUUAGGGGCGACUCCCCCCCCCGCGGUUGGGGGCGUCCCGGGGGGCUCGGGACAUGGCGAGCUCGACUAACACAAACCCCGUGCCUAAAUUGUACAGGUCUGUAAUUGAAGAUGUCAUCAAUGAUGUCAGAGAAGUUUUCCUGGAUGAAGGAGUGGAUGAACAAGUUCUUAUGGAACUCAAAACACUGUGGGAGAACAAAUUGAUGCAGUCCAAGGCUGUAGAUGGCUUCCAUUCAGAAGAACAGCAACUUUUGUUGCAGGUGCAGCAGCAGCAACAGCAGCAGCAACAGCAGCAUCAUCACCACCAUCAUCACACACAACCUCAGCCACAGCAGACUGUGCAGCAGCAGUCUCAGCCACAACAGGUCCUUAUUCCAGCAUCUCAGCAAGCAGCUCAGCAGCAAGUUAUCGUGCCAGAUUCCAAGCUUAUACCGCACAUGAAUGCGACAGGCAUGAGUGCUGCAGCCACUGCGGCUACAUUGGCUCUCCCUGCUGGUGUUACUCCUGUUCAGCAGAUACUUACAAAUUCAGGCCAGAUCCUCCAAGUAGUUAGAACUGCAAAUGGAGCUCAGUAUAUCAUUCAACCACAGCAACCAGUUGUUCUACAGCAGCAGGUCAUACCACAGAUGCAGCCUGGUGGAGUACAAGCACCUGUUAUACAGCAGGUUUUGGCUCCUAUCCCUGGAGGGAUUUCCCAGCAGACAGGAGUGAUUAUUCAGCCUCAGCAGAUCCUGUUUACAGGAAAUAAAACACAAGUCAUACCUACAACAGUGGCUGCCCCUACACCAGCUCAAGCACAGAUUCCUGCAGCUGGUCAGCAGCAACCACAACAACAACAGGCACAACCACAAGCACCGCUCGUUCUCCAAGUUGAUGGAGCAGGGGACACAUCAUCUGAAGAAGAAGAAGAUGAGGAAGAAGACUAUGAUGAUGAGGAGGAGGAAGACAAAGAAAAAGAUGGGGGUGAAGAUGGCCAAGUUGAAGAGGAGCCUCUUAACAGUGAAGAUGAUGUGAGUGAUGAGGAAGGACAAGAACUGUUCGAUACAGAAAAUGUUGUUGUGUGCCAGUAUGAUAAGAUUCACAGAAGUAAAAACAAAUGGAAAUUUCAUCUCAAAGAUGGCAUCAUGAAUCUUAAUGGAAGAGAUUAUGUAUUUUCCAAAGCCAUUGGGGAUGCAGAAUGGUAAAGUUUUAAAAGACAAAACAAAAAAACUCCCUGUAAAAGGAAAAAAAAAAAGGCAGGAAAGGUUGAGACUUGGAUGUGUACUCUAAUCAAAUGUGUAUCUGCACAUCGGAAAUAAACAAUAAACAAAAAUAUUGGAACAAAGGUAAAAUGUGGCAACAAAGACACUACUUCAGCUGAGCAAGCCAUGGACUGUAGCAGCUAUAGCAUUGUCUGGGAGCUGGUUUUGUGUGUUAGGAAUACCUUAAUUAUCAAUUCUACAUACAGGUACCUACAGCUGGUAUUUAGCAUGUAAGGCUUUGUUCCCCUUCCCCCCUCCCUCCAUUCUUCCCUUGAUUUACAAUUUUAAAAUACUUCUUCCAUUGAUUGAAGGAACUCUUCCCUUUGAUAGAUUAUUAAUCUGAAAAUGCUUAUUGUGUGUACAAAUCUUUGCUUUGAACACUUCCUUUUGGUAGUGAGGAUGGUCAGAAUGUUACUUAAACUGUGUGCAAGCUUUGUACAGAAGGGUAAGAAUUAAGGUGUUAAAUUUUAAAUAACUUGUAUAAGGAAAAUAUUUUUAAUUCUGAUAUGCUCAUUAAUUAUUAUAUCUGUUUGUUGUUUUCAGUUCCCCAUAAACAGGUGGUUGUUCCUGGCAGUUACAAAGCGGUAGAAUGAUCAUUUAUAUUUCAAAAUUAUUUUGAUUUCAUGUGAUCCCUUUUAUUUAGGGCUGUGUUUUUUAAAUACAAAGCAACUCCCCUCACACAAGUCAGAUUGCUUGUUAGUUAUAUUCUUGCUGUUUGGUUGUGGUUCAGCAUCACUGAAUUGAAACAACUAAUUAACUGCCAAUUGAUUUGAUUUUAUUUUGUAAUCUUUUUUUUAAAGGCUUUACAGACCUUUUGAAUCAAAUGUAGACAUAAUAUAAUGCAUUCCUUUACCUGCUGAAGGAAUGUCAUCCAUAGUCCAGACAUCCACAAAUAAUUCAACAGACCACAAGAAUGACUAAAUUUGUCAUACAGAAAAUUGCAUAAAAAUCCUAACAUCCUGGCUGCAACUCUGUUAAUCAAAGAUCUGCUUUACUUAAAAUUGUAGCGAUAAGUUACCUGCAGUGGUUAAUAUCUCUGAAGUUUCCAGGUGGCAUGUAAUUUCAUGGAGAGCUUUACAGCUUUGAGAACACAAAUUUUGUUAGUGUCUUUAGACUGUCUUGGUAACAAAAGCAAGCAGUUGGAUGCAGUAAACUUUGUGUAGUCACUUUUUCACUUGCCUUCUCCAGAGGUGGGGUUUUGUUUUCUUCCUGAAAAGCAAUAAGGUUGCUUCUCCCCCCCAUUUCCUUUCUCUUCUUUUUGUGAUCACCUUUUUGUCAUGCAUAGGUUAUUCUUGCAAACUCUGCUUUUGGAAAUGCAGUUGCUUUUCAAUGAGGAGAGGGAAUGGGCAUUAUACUUCAGAAAGUGUGGAGGAAGGAUGCUCAUGUGGCUCACCAUUUGGAAAAAAACCUGUUUCAUUGGGUGUUCAGGAAAAGCAGAAAAACCACAGUGAAGUUAAUUUUAACUAAAUUGGAAAGACUUUCAGAAGCAGACAUUUGAACCACAAUUUCUGACUUUUUUUUUUUACUUGAGAAUGAAAUUUUAAAUAUUAUUUAACAGAGUCAGUGUAUUUUAAUGGUGUAUAAUGACUGCUCUGAUUUUUAUUCUCUCUGAUUUACUUGCCCCCGAGUGCAUUCAUAGUCUCAGUAGUGCGUAGAAAACUCUAUACAUUGUAAAGAGGGUUUUUUUUUCUGUGAUUUUGUACACCUGUGCUCUCUGAUAACUAAAACUGCCUGUAGGCUGUAUCUAGAACUGCAUGGUUGUCGGUAAGCCAUCUAUGUGCGCAAGCUUCAUGAAAAGUUAAAUGUUUCUUCCAAUUCAUUCUUAAGUAAUGGAAUCAUCAUUUAGAGUGCAUUUUUGGCUUGGGGCUUCAAGCUGUCUCAGACUGAUUGGUGUUUGCUUUCUUCCAAACAAAGCAGAUACUUUAUUUUUUUACCACUAUUGACACUUCUAUACAGCUGCAGUGAAAUCAGUACUGUACCAGUUAAUUCUUUCCCUCACCUUUUCCAUAUUGUUACCAGUAGGUCUUAAGUAGUAGACUUCAGAAAAAUUCCUGUCAUGCUGCACAACCAAACCAAUAAAAGGAAGAAAAUGCCUUUA